CAUGUUCAUAACAUCAUUCUGACAUGGUUCUUGGUUGUGUGGGAAGGAGGAGGCGGGAGCCGGGUGAACAUCCAAGCUGUGUGUGAUUUAUUCUCAGACAGCUCAGGAUCGGUCUCAGUUCUGUGCUGUCUUCUUUGGCCCUGUACCGCCACCACCAUGAGCUUCAUCGCGGAUGAUGUGGAGAUCGACCCGGUCACACUCAACCUCAUCAUCCUCAUCGCCAGCUAUGUCAUCCUGCUUCUGGUGUUCCUCAUCUCCUGUAUCCUGUAUGACUGUCAGGGCAAAGACCCCACGAAAGAGUACGCACCUGACCCGGUGCCCAACGUCAACUCCGCUCCCAUCCGGCUGGUGGUCAUGCAGAGCUCGCCCGCCAACGCUCGGUGGGACCAGAACAAGAUGGUGACCACCUAUGAGCCACCCGGCACUGAGAAAAAGAGUACUUUGGUUUGA